AUGUCUAGGCAGAGGCUCACAAUGAUGGCGGUCGCCGGUGUAGGCAUAAUUGGUGCCACUUUUUAUGCCACUCGGAAAAACGAAUCUAAAGUGGACGAUGCGCAGUCAAGGAGAAACAGAGCUCAAGAAACACGCGAACUCGGAUUGGGCAGUGCAGGGGUUGGAGGCAAUAGAAUGACUGGCGGCCCAAGCAAUUCAGCGGCACCUUCAGGAACCGAAAGAGAUCACCAGCGCGACCAAGCCAAUACAGCGUCGGCGAAAGAGGCACUGCCAACUGGCGGUGUUGGUGGUGGCGAAGGCUCAAGCAAGUCGGACCAUUUUAGAUUGCAUACUUCAAUCUUGGGCAGCGGAGGUAAGACGACUGCCAGUCGGCAGGACCACGAAGGAUAUCAUGACACAAGAGGCAUUAGCAAGAUGGGCGCGGAAAUUCCAUCAAAGAAAGGCCCUGCCGAUGCUUCGGACUAG